AUGGCUGCCCAGUGCCGGCUUGCCACCAGCUUCCACCACGUCCACGGUGCCAAUGUCCAGCUGGACGCCUCACGCAUGCGGGCCACACGAGUGGAGAGCUUUGCCAACGGGCUCUGCUUCAGCCAGGAGCCGCUGGCGCCAGGGCAGAUCUUCCUGGUGGAGAUCGAGGAAAAGGAGAAGGGGUGGUGCGGGCACCUGCGUGUGGGGCUGACGGCCCACGACCCCCAGAGCUUGGAGGUGGUGCCUGAGUACUCGCUGCCAGACCUGGUCAACCUGGGUGACACCUGGGUGUUCGCCAUCACCCGCAGCCACAACCGUGUGGCACCGGAUGGUGGGGAGGAGGCACCAGCACGGGCACAGUGCCCGCCCUGGGAGCCCUUCCUGCUGAUCGAGCAGGUGCGGAUCCCCCGCGACGCACUGGUGGGGCGCAGCCGGCCCGGCCGCUACAGCCACAUCCUGGACGAGCUGUACAGAGCCAAUGUGCUGCCAGCCACGGCCCGGCGCAGCCGCAUCGGCGUGCUGUAUGCCCUGCAGCCCGACGGCACUGCUGACAUGCACAUCAUCAUCAACGGGCAGGACAUGGGGCCCAGCGCCCGCCGCCUGCCCACUGCACGCCCGCUCUAUGCCGUGGUCGAUGUCUUCGCCUCCACCAAGAGCGUCCGGAUCAUCCCCGUGGAGUAUGGCUUGCCCUCCCUGCAGACCCUCUGCCGAUUGGUCAUCCAGAAGCACAUCAUCCACCGCCUAGCCAUCGAUGGCCUGGACCUGCCACCACCACUCAAGAACUUCUGCAAACAUGAGUGA